AUGAAGACCAACUUCGGUAUCCUCUUGGCCGCCCUGGCCGCCACCCGAGCUGCCGCUCAGCAGGCCUGCUCGGUCACCCCGGAGAACAACCCCUCCAUCACCUGGAGCCAGUGCAGCGAAGGCGGCACCUGCAGCCAAGUCACGAGCGGCCUGGUCAUCGACUCCAACUGGCGCUGGACGCACACCGUCGAGGGUUACGACAACUGCUACACCGGCGCCGAGUGGGACGACUCCCUCUGCCCGGAUGGCGAAACCUGCGCGGCCAACUGCUGCGUCGACGGCGCCGACUACGAGGCCACCUACGGCAUCACGGCCAGCGGCGACUCGGUUAGCAUCCGCCUCGUGACCGAGAACGAGUCGGGCACCAACGUCGGCGCCCGUAUCUACCUUAUGGAGUCCGAGAGCAAGUACCAGAUGUUCAACCUCCUCGACAGCGAGUUCUCCUUCACCGUCGACUCGUCGCAGGUUCCUUGCGGUCUUAACGGCGCGCUUUACUUCAUCUCCAUGGAUGCCGAUGGUGGUAGCUCCAAGUUCCCUACUAACGCCGCUGGCGCUAAGUACGGUACUGGCUACUGCGAUGCCCAGUGCGCUCGUGAUCUUAAGUGGAUCGACGGCAUUGCCAACGUUGAGGGCUGGGAGGGCUGGAGCCCCGAGACCCCUGAUGUCGGUAUCGGCAACAUGGGAGCCUGCUGCGCUGAGAUGGACUUGUGGGAGGCCAACAACGCCGCCACGGCCUACACGCCCCACCCCUGCUCUAACAACGCCUACCACUCCUGCACCGACCCCAACUGCGGCGGCACCUUCUCGGACGACCGGUACGGCGGCUCCUGCGACGCCGACGGCUGCGACUUCAACCCCUACCGCCAGGGCAACACCGAGUACUACGGCGAAGGGUCCGGCUUCACCAUCGACAGCUCGCAGCCCAUCACGGUGGUCACGCAGUUCCACGCCAGCGGCGGCUCCCUGUCGGAGAUCUCGCGCUACUACAUCCAGGGCGGCGAGGUGAUCCAGAACUCCGAGUCCACCGUCGAGGGCAACCCGGGCAGCACGCUCGACGACGAGUUCUGCGCCAGCCAGAAGACCGCCUUCGAGGAGGAUCACAACCAGUUCGUCGACUUUGGCGGCAUGGCCGGCAUGGGCGAGGCCCUCGCGAACGGCAUGGUCCUCGCUCUGUCCAUCUGGUCCGACGCCUACGCCAACAUGCUCUGGCUCGACUCCACCUACCCCAUCGACGACACUGGCCCGGGCGCCGUACGUGGGCCUUGCUCGCCCGACAACCGCUCGCCUACUGAGCUCGUUGCUGCCCACCCCGGUGCUACUGUUGUCUUCUCUGACAUUCGCUUCGGUCCCAUCGGCUCCACCUAUGCCCAGGGUGAGUGA